AUGAAGCCUGCCCGUUGCAGUAGAUGCUUUUCUACCACCUCCCCCCGGAUACAGAAUUCUAAAUCAGAUGGAGAUAGUUCAACGCCAUGGUAUUUGAGGAAAGAAAAUUCGUCACAAUCAGGUCAAGUAACUCACGACAAGUUUCCGGAGUUGCCUUAUGGAACACCUCAAGGAAUCAAAGAUCUCCUCACCUUGCUAGUCAAAAAGUACGGUCUCACGAGCUUGAAAGUUUAUGACUUGGCCGCACUUCCUGCUGAUCACCCUAAAUAUACAGAUGAGCAGUCUCCUCAACGGUUUAUCAUACUUGCUUCAGGUAAAUCCGAGAAACACAUUUACAAAGCAUCGUAUGAACUAAAGCAGCACGUCAAGCAUGAGUAUGGCUAUUUACCUCGCAUUGAGGGUAUGACGUCAAACGCAAUAAGCACUAGAGCACGCAGAAGGUUGGCAAAAAGAGCCAGACAAGGACCACCUGCAACGCACAACGAUUUUGGCAUUGGUCAAAAUUCGUGGGUAAGAUGCGAACUAGGUGUUGAGGGUGCAGUUGUCCAUAUUUUGAGUGACGAAAGAAGAGUGGAAUUGAACUUGGAAUCCCUUUUUGAAGAGGAGGGUGGAGAUGUAGAGGUACCACACGUGGAGACACCGACACAGAAAAGAACUUACGAAGAUACAGAGAGCGUGUUUUUUGGAUUGCGGAGGCAUUUUCACACACUGUCUAGCCGACAAGAUGUUGCCCAAUUAAAGUCCAUAGUCAAGUCAUGUGCAGAGAACCCGUCCGAUAAAAGUCUUGAAUUGUUCAAGAACGAUUUUGACUCCACAUUUACUGGUGCUUCAGUAGAGGAAUGGAGCGAGAAGUUUGCACUCUACAAGUUGCUCCACUUAAGGGAUCCACUGAUUGCAUCGUUCAAGGACCUUGAAAAGGUACUUUUGGAAAAACAUGCAUCAAUUCAAUUACUUGGGGAAGAAAUCAAUUGGAAUCAAGAAAUAGUAAAUGACGUGAUCAGAUAUAUGGAAGCCGUAUUGGAUAUAAAUGAGCCUCUCCCCGCGUCAGAGAAACUCUCCAUGUUAUCAAGCUUCAUAUCAAGAAUUACUUCCUUUUCAAGAGAUGAGUUACAUUUCUUUGCUGUGGACAAGUUUCAGGCUUUAUUGUGGUCGUUGACCUGUGACGAAUAUGUUCCUAUUGAUGCUGCGCGUUUACAUACUGCACUUCUGACAGGGAAGGGGAUAGAGGUUGAAAAUUGUCGUGUACACCAAGACCCACAAUCCGCGCAAAACGUGCGAGAGCUCUUAAGAACCAUCAACUUCUCCAAACGAGGAGCCGUCCCAUUAUGGCUUCGAGAACAAAUGCUAUAUACGUAUGCUUGUGCAAGAAAUUGGCCUUACUUUUGGAAAGAAUGGAACAUGAUACAACAGAGCUUGACCACUCCUCGAGAUAUUGCACUCAUGCAAACGAAGUUGGUUUUCCUUCUUGCAAUGAUCAACGACAAAAUCGCUUUACGAGACUUUUUCUGUAACUUCUGGGACACCAAAAACAGUCUGUCAUUUAUAAAUCAAUGGGAAAAAGCCAACUCUGAGCUCUUUACUGCAAAGGAGAGAAAAUCGUUGAAAAGAGCGCUUGAUAUGAUUUAUGAAAAUCAUGGAUCCAGUUCCUGGUUUGAAAAUGCUCGUGUAUUCGCUACCACUUUGUAA